AUGAUCGGCCUACCUACAGAGCCUGGAACGACUUUGCCCAUGUACUUCGAGGAACCGCAUGAGAUCUUCUGGUUUGGGGAGAUCUUUGAGGUUUGCGAGUCCAAAGGUGUCGAGGAAUCGCGGGGUCGUGCCGUAGAGCAUCGGGCGUCCGAGGACUUCAGCUCUGCCGGUGAUUUUGACAAGUCCACGAUCCAUGAGUGUUCGGACGAUAUCGCCGCAGGCAACGCCUCGAAUGUUCUCGAGUUCGGCGCGGGUGACCGGCUGGCGGUAUGCGAUGAUGGAGAGCGUCUCGAGCUGAGUCCGGGUCAAUCGCGUCCCCGCUCUUGCUCGGUGCAUCGCGGCGACGACUGGAGCAUGUUCAGGAAGGGUCAUGAUUCGAUAGCCCGCUGCGACGCGUUCGAUUCGGAAGGAUCGAUUGGUCGACUCGUACUCCUCAUUGAGCGCAUCGAUCGAAGCGUCCAGAGUCUCUUGGGAGAUGGACUCAGAAGACCGGUCGAGGAGGUUGAGUGGAUCGAUGAUCGCCUGGGAUUUGAGCGGACGAUCCGCGGUCAUAAGCAGGGCUUCGAGUGCCGCACGCGAUCUGGAAUCGAGUGGCUUGAUUUCGGAGGUCAUUGGCGGGUUUUCAGUUUGCGGCGUCAUGGGGGGAUGGUAUCACAGUUCUGGGUGGAAAUGGGCAAUUCUGAGGAUGGGCUCAAGGAGUUGACCGAACAUGAGUUGCAUCGGCGGCGAGAGCGCCUCUUCCUGAUCCUGUCGGGGAUCUUUCUUGGGACACUGGCGAUGCUCAAUAUUCUUGGCAUCACGAGGUUUAUCAAACUCUUUGAGAUCGACUUUGACAAAGGCGUCGAUGGGAGUACGGUUUUUGCGGUUGCUGUCGGCGUGCUUCCUUAUCCGAUGACCUUCUUGUGCACAGACUUUAUUUCGGAGUUGUAUGGUCGCCGGAGAGCGAAUGCGGUGGUCUGGGUGGGCUUGAUCUUGAACCUGUGGGUGGUCUUCAUCCUUUGGCUCGGCGGAGCGCUUCCUGGAUUUGAAGCGGUCGGUCCGGAGGGUGAUAUUCUGACGGAUGCCGCUGGGAGACUCCCUGUGUUUUAUGAGGUUCGCUCGCUCGCAUUUGGUGCGGUGACGGCUUCGAUGAUUGCGUACCUUGUCGCUCAGCUUGUCGAUGUGCAGGUUUUCCAUUUCUGGAAACGGCUGACAAGGGGUAAGCAUCUUUGGCUGCGCAACAAUGGAUCGACCUUGGUGAGUCAGCUCGUGGAUACAGCAGCCGUGAUCCUUAUCACGCAUUUCUAUGCGAAGGCGCUCCCGAUCAAUCCGGAACAAGAACUCUGGUUGCAGUUAUUCGUGUUCAUCGCGACUGGGUAUGUGUUCAAGCUGGUUGCGGCGCUGAUUGAUACAGUGCCGUUCAUUAUUGGGACUCGGCAUUUGCGCGUAGUGCUUGUUGAUGAUGAGCCGCAUAUCACGCACAUGGUCGCUCGUAAGCUGAUUCAAAACGGUUAUGAAGUUCAUACCGCGAUGGAUGGCCAACAGGGUUUGGAGUUGAUCCACUCUGUUGGACCUGAUCUUGUGGUCACGGAUUUGCAGAUGCCGUAUAUGAGCGGUAUUGAUAUGUCAACGCGUCUUUGGAAUAGCGAGAAGACAAAGAACAUCCCUGUGAUCAUGCUUUCCGCUCGUGGAUUUGCGAUCGAAGAACAAAUCAAGGAGCUCGGCAAUAUCCGUGCAUUGCUGAGCAAGCCAUUCGGGACCAAGGCGCUUGUCGAUCUGAUUCGUAAGACGCUUUCGGCACUCAAGAAGCGAUGCGCCGAGCUCGGACUGGUCGAGUGGUGUGUCGAUAUCAACGGACUCCCAGUCUCUGAUCCAGCUUGUCGGGGUCCAUUGAAACUCUGGCUCCUAAGCAACCCUGUCCGGCAACGCGUCAUUGAGUGUGCGGAGAUGUGGGCAACGAUGGAGUCGCUCGAGAUGAUCGAAGCGGCUCCUGGGAUUCGUCUCUAUCCGUUCACCAUCGAGCAUCAUGGGCGUCGCACUGGAUUCAGCGUGAUGAUUGGCUUUACCCAAGAAGUGCUCGAGUCUUCACUGCUCAAUGAUGGGUUCGCGGGAGAUCCGCUGACACUCGCUUCAGUCGAGCACAAAAUCACUGAGAUGAUCCGGCCGUGGGAUUCGAUGGACGCUGAGAUUAAGCAGAUGCUCUCGUGGAUGUACGGAGAUCUCGACAGCGCUCGGACAUCCGAGGGAAUCAUCGAGAGCUAUGCGGACCAGUUGACUGAAUCCUAUGAGACCGUCACGGCUUUGCACAUGCUUGGGCGUGACAUGGGGAUGGUGACCGAUCCCGCGAACUACAUCCGUCAGACUCUGGAGAUGAUUGCGGCAACGAUUGGGUAUGACUGGACGGCGUAUGUCGUGAACACUGAUGAGGGCGAGUCAUUGCUUCAGUCGAAGCUGCACCAGCAGGGUGAUCAUCACUUUGAUGAGCAGGAACUCCGAUCUGAGAUCAAUCGUCUUCUUGAGAUUGAACCGAUCGCGGUUUCGGACAAGACGGCGGUGUAUCCCGCGGAGGGCUUGUUCGAUUCACUCGAUCCGCAGGUCAUGAUCCAUCCAGUCCAAGCGUACGGACACAAAUACGGCUGGCUCGUGCUUGGUGGGAAGCAGGGCGAGGAUUCGUAUGUCUCCUCGCACGAUACCAAGACCAUUGACUCGAUCUCUGGGAUCUUCUCGGCGUUCCUUGAGAACACGCGUUUGUAUGAAGAACAGCGACGCGCGUUUGUGGGGACGGUCAGAGCGCUUUCUGGCGCGAUCGAUGCGAAGGAUCGGUACACACGAGGUCACUCGGAUCGCGUGGCGAUGCUCUCAGAGCAACUUGCGAUCGCUUCGGGGUAUUCGGUCGAGGAUGCGAAACGCGUCCGCUUGUGCGGGAUUCUGCAUGAUGUUGGGAAGAUCGGUGUCCCUGAAGAGGUCUUGUGCAAAAACAGUCGCUUGACGGAUGAGGAGUUUGAGCUGAUCAAGCUGCAUCCGCAGAUUGGUGCGGACAUGCUGCAGGAUCUUCCGAGUCUGAAGGACAUCAUCCCAGGCGUGCUCCAUCACCACGAACGCUGGGACGGACGCGGCUAUCCGCACGGGCUUGCUGGAGAGGACAUCCCUGAGCUUGGCCGGAUCUUGGCGCUUGCGGAUACUUUCGAUGCGAUGAGCUCGAAUCGUGCGUAUCGGUCCGCGAUGCCUCGCGAGAAGGUGCUUGCGGAGAUCGAGCGUUGCUCGGGAUCGCAGUUUGAGCCUCGGCUUGCGGAGCUGUUCCUCGAGCUUGAUUUCACGGCGUAUGACGAGGCGGUGCGGGAUCACGCGGCGCAGGAUGUCCGCAAGGCGGCGUGA